UGGUCAUGUUUCACAAGCAAUCUGAGCAGUAGUAAAAAGAGCCAGACAGAAGGAAUACUUGCCCAAAGGGAUAUACUACAUAACAAGCAUGAAUACUAAAGUAACCACUGCGCUUCUCAUCCUGGUCUGUAUAAGUCACGUCACUGUGAAAGGGUCACCAGUUCUUGGCAAAGGGCGGUGCAUUUGCAAAGGAUCUGGAUAUAAUUUUAUUCGCCCAAAAAACAUUGAGAAGCUGGAGGUUCACCCCAAAAAUACUUUCUGUGACAAAGUGGAGAUCAUUGCCACCCUGUCGACAAAUGGAGAUGAAGUCUGCCUAAAUCCAGCAUCUGAGGCGGUGAAGCAUUUACUCAACAAGAUAAUAGGAAAAGCUAGCUCCGCAAAACAUGGCAUUCAGUCCUGAAGAAUCUGCAAUGAAGAUAAAAGAAGAGAAGUUUCUAGACGUCUGAAACUAAAGAUUAUAAAGUUUUCCUUUCAGACUCAUGACUGCCAGUCGUUGCCACAUAGAAUAGAUAUCAAGGCAUAGUUUAAGGCUUUCAUACACAGUAUCAGUCACACAGUAAAACGCAGUAUAAUUUAUCCUAAUGUACUGACAUGUUAGAGGCAAUAUGUAGAGUUGCCAUGGAGUCAACAUUAUUGCAUGGAGAAAGUGAACUUGUCUUCAAACUAGAAGAAUUUCAAGGUACAGAGUUUAUUGCUGAGAGGAAAACUUACUGUAUGGGCUUUGACCGCCACCUGCUGACUAUCUGAAGAAUGGCAUGUUUUCUGUAUCAGCAGACAGGAAAAAGUAAUACUGUGUUCCAUAUUAAUUCUAAUUAUUCUUGGCAAUAUGUUUUUUGACUGUCAUAUUACAUGGUAUAAGGUAUGGACUUCACAAAUGUCUAUAUCGUCUCAUGGGAAGUAUAUGUAAUUUCUCUGAUGCCUUGCAAUGAGAACAAAUGCAUUUCUUUAUUUUAUGUAAUGAGGGGAGAAUACAGAGAAAAAGUCAGAGAGGUGCACGUAUACCGAUUCCUAAGCAAGAAGCAGAAUAGGUGAAGAUUACUGGAGGAGAAGGUUUAAUCUGGAAAUUCAGGCCCAGGUAUUAAACAAGUAUUGGAUACUGUAUAAUCAAGAAAAUGUGAACAUCCUGUAGCACUUAUAAUUUAGAAAGCAACAGCUGCAACAGUUUCAUGGCAUUGACAGAUUAUACUUUUGUAUUUCCUUUUAUAUUUCAUCGUUCAGCAUUUACAGAAACAUCUACAUAUAGUGUGCAUGGAGUGUCAAUUAAACUGUAAUCCUACACAACACAUCGACAUUCUUUUAGUGUACAGAUUUAAGUGACCACAAACACUACUUGUAUUAAACAUCUCCAAAUAAUUGCAAAUGUACUAUUUUUCUAAAGUGUAACUGUCACUUAUUUAUUUUUGUAUUUAUGUAAAAUGAAUUAUAAAAGAUCUAGAGAAACUGUUUUAUUCCAGCUGGCUCUGGAAUGUAUUUUAAAUGUUAUGUCUUUUAAACAUUAUUAUGCAUUUUUACCACUGUACUAUUGUAAUAUAUUGUCUUCAGCUCAUCUACUAUCCAAAACUGAUUAAAAUAAAUAAAUAUUUUUUUUAUCUAA